GUCCAAGGUCACCCAGCCGAAAAGUAGCAGAGCCGGGAUUAGAACCCAUGACCUUCCGACGCCCGGGCUGAUCCACUACGCCGUGUAGUGAACCCCUGCCUUGAUGGUGAUGUCCCGGGCCAGAUGAAUCCGAUCACUCAAUACCAGUUCAUACCCCUGGCCGAGGUGCUCUGCUGCGUCGUUGCCGACAUGAACGCGGCCCGCGAGCUUGCUACCCAGGAAUCCUUAAUGGAACAGUUGGUGAAACGUUAUCCAGGCCUAGCCCCUCCUUCCCCGGACAUUCUCUAUACCACUCUGGGGACUCUGAUUAAAGAGAGGAAAAUCUAUCACACGGGAGAAGGAUACUUCACCGUCACCCCUCAGACGUACUUCAUCACCAGCACUGCCAACCGAGAGAAUCGGAGCGUUCUCCUAGAAGAUCAUCACUCCCUGUCACCUCCGGUCACUUAUCUGGUCAGCGUGGAGGGUCCCGCCGAGCUAACCAAGGGACACUCUGCCCCGAUGACCCACUGUAAGUUCUGCCAUUGCUUCUCCGGCCCGGGUUCGCCGGGCACCCAAGGACAGCCGUCUCCCGGAGAAGGACACGGGAGAGGUCAGAAGGGCCUCGGGGAUUCCAGGCCUUCCGUCCGGAAUCAGUCCGUCUCUACGUCUGAGGAGAGCCCUCUGGCCGAGGUGCCCAAAUCCUUGCCACCCACGAAGGAAAAAGAAAAAGAAAAAGGCAGGAAGUUCGGCCUGCGUCUCCUCUGGCGGAACGUGUCCCGGAAAGAAAAGCCCAAAAAGGAGUACGGCACUUUCUCGGCUCAGUUUCCCCCCGAGGAGUGGCCGGUCCGGGAUGAGGAGAAUUUAGACAACAUUCCCCGGGACGUCGAGCAUGAGAUUAUCAGGCGCAUCAACCCCGUGCUGACCGUGGACAACUUAAUCAGGCACACCGUGCUGAUGCAGAAAUACGAGGAGAAGAAGAAAUACCUGAGCCAGGGCACCUCCACGGAACUGUUGGCAACCCGGAGCAAGCAUCUCUCCAAGGAGGGUGUGGGAAAGAGGCAGAGCGGGCCGACGAAGCUCCCCAGGAAAGGGCGGACCGUCAGAGAGAGACGCGGCAAUGGAAGCCAGCGGGGAGCUCCGGGCGGCGAGCCGAGGCCCGGCCGAGACGGGCGGGGCAAGGACCCACGGCCCCCCGCCGCCCGGGCCGGAUCCGGAACCCGAACCCCAAACGGACGGGCGGCAAGGCCGCUCGGGGUGGAUUGUCCGGGGCCCCGAUCCCCCGUCAUCCGCAAGAAGCAGAUCGAUCAUCCCUUCUGGAGCCUCCCUCCCUCAGGGGUCCCCAAAAGGCUCCUGGGAGAGAGGGCCCCGCACUCCAAGUCGGGUCGGCUCAGAAAGCGAGAAAGACCUUGCCAGAGAUCCGGGUCCCUGGAUUCCCCAAGAACCUUCGGCAGCGACGCUCAACAGCUCGGCCCUAGACAGCGCAGAGGCAAAACAAAGUCUAAGGAAUCCUCCUACGCUCAUAAAUCGCCCGUCCGACCCGCCGGCGACGGUUUCGAUGUCGGCCCUCCAAACCCUCCGCCGCACGGCAGUUGGAGACCGGGAGAUAGAUGCCGACUCUGUGGAGAAGGCCCAUCCGAGCGUGCUCCGUAUCCUGGCCAAAAAACCCUCGCUGGCGUCCAGAAGGAAGCCCUCACGCGUGCCGACUCAACUGGGGAGGUCAGAGGGGAAAAACAGCCCCAUGGUAGCCAGUCCUGGGACCGAGCGGCCCGCGCCCAGAGGCUCGUGGAGAAAACAACCCGCCAGCUCCAAAGCCUCGGCCUCGGUGAUGGCCCAGGGGGUCCCGUCCCCGUGAGACCCCUUCGGGAUGUGAAAGACGAACUAAGGGGGAAGGCUCCGGCCGAUUGUCCGGAGGUCGCCGGCCCCGAAAGCGAAGGAUUGACCGACGAGGAUGACGACGACCAGACUCUGUAUCAGAAAGACCUGGAAGAUAAUGAUGACGUCUGCAGUUCCCUGUAUCUGGAGGAGGAGGAGGACUCUUCUGAGAACAACGAACUGUGUCGGAUGUUGAGCAGUCACAUUCAGUUCUCCCUCUCCGACGCGAGCCGGUGGAAUCGGGCGGCAUCAGGACGUGGGGCCGGGGGAUCUCCGGGCCCCUGGAACAAGAGUAGGAGCCUGGCCGACUUCAAUCCAGGCAGGUUCGGGUUGGAGUCUCGCCUGCGGGAAGGAAACGGGGGCCUCAGGCCUGCAGGAUCACUUAUCAGCCCAGAUGGAGGCCAGAAAGCAGGGCUCUCGGGGGAACCCCGUGGCCUCCAUCCAACGCCUCCGCUCGGUUUCAACAACCGCGGAGAGGAAGCUGGCACUGCCGAACGCGUUCAGGCUUCCGGGAUGGCGGGUGGCAGCCGAUCUGAUGACUACAACACGAGUGAGGCGGACACCGAGGCUGAGGCUCUGCAGACGUCCACCAGUGACGUGGGCGAGAAAUCACCCGGCUGGAGCCCCAGCCCCCCGAAAGAGGAAACGAGAAAACGCUUCACGCAGAAGUUGGAGCUUUUCGACCCGGCGCGUUCCCCGGUUUUGGCGCAGAGCAGCCAGAGGGAACAGAACCACUCGGAAGGGACCGAAAACCACAGCAUCACCGGAGACAGCGGAAUAGACUCUCCCCGAACCCAGAGUCUGGCAUCUAAUAAAUCCGUCGAUUUGGACGCAUUGAAACGGCGACGGAGUUUUGCUCAAAACUUCGAAGGCGCGAGGAGCCAAAGGCAGGGGUCGGCGCUUUCAUCUCGUCCCUUAUUACAACUGACUCCGGUCAUGAAUGUUUAAUUCUUGUUUUCCUUUUGGGGUCUUUGGCUAACUUCCUGAGGUUUUUCUCUUUUUAAAAGAUGUUGUACAAAUGUACAGUAUUUCUAUAAAUGUUUAAUCAGCUGAAUACACAAGGUUCAUCCACGUCCCUGUAUACGCUUUAAAACCUCGUGAAUAUUUGCUCUAGAGACUGACUUUUCUCUUGACUUUUUUUAAAACACAAAGCAAUUAAUUUUCCUGUAGCGGUAUUAGGAACAUGUUUGCAAUAAAAAUGCCUAAAGAGAAACAGCCAGAGUCCUUUUUCUUAACCCAGUGAAAGAUAUGGUCAGAUUGAAUUUUUA